GAAGACUCGCAUCAAGUCUCUUAUUUUGAAAUGUCCUCAUGUGUCCUCCAUGAGUGCGUGCGCUUGUGUCUCCGCCGCCCGCUUCACUCACCGCUGUGCGCCUGAUUAUUUUUACGCCGUCGAGUGCGCGAGCCUGGCGGUGAAAUCCAGGUCAUCCCGGCGGAUCAGCAGCGGCGGCGGCGCGACUCUCCGCAGACUCACGGAGACAUUUCCUCAUUCCUCCGUGCAAAGUGAGCUUGCGGUCUAAAGGAUGAGGUGGGGCGCGCUGAUUAGCAUGCUGCUACGCUGAGAAGAGUUUAUCCAGCCAGGACGAGCGGCAGCAACUACACGUUCCCUUCCUGAAUCGGCUAUCAGACACCUGCUCUGAAUCAAGUACCUGUCUGGAUCUUUCCCUCGCACACACACACACAGCUAUGGCUGGCUGGCUCUGGCUGGGAGGGUAAUCGGUGUGCUGGUUGCCUGGCAACCCCACCCUGAAUCCUGCCGAAUAGAGCCCUGGUCUGUCACUGAAGACUUUUUAGUCCCCUUCUUCUGAGUUGAUUUCCCCUUUGGAGGAGGUAGAGGGCAGCGGCCGGAGCAGGAGCCAUGGACUUAUGAGGUGAGAAUGGCAGCACGGCGGCUGUUCGGCCCCCAGGAGCCCUCAGGCAAUCAGAGCCAAUAACGUGGGUGCCCACACACACACUCAUACGGGCCGAGCGGCAGGAGCAGUAUGCAGGAGGCUGACCUACCGGCAACCAAUGCUUUCACAGAGUGCAGAUUCCUGUGCACAAACGGCAGAUGUCUAAAUGUGGGCUCACAGGUCUGUGAUCAGCUCAACCACUGCGGAGACAACAGUGAUGAGGAGCACUGCCCCAUCUCCACUCAGCAUCCUGCAUCUGCCAUCUUCAGCUCUGAACUGGAGUUUGUGCAGAUCGUGAUCAUAAUCGUCGUGAUGACUGUGAUGGUGGUGGUGGUCGUGUGUCUGCUCAACCACUACAAACUCACCACGUGGUCAUUCCUGAGCCGGCCGAGUCAAGCACAGAGUCAGGAUCUCUCUCUGCAGCCGGAGGGCUCUUUGUGGCCAUCAGAUAAUGGGCUGAGACAAGGAGCAUCUGAGGUGGUGUACGCUCCUCAGCCGAGGGACCGUUUCACAGCGCCCACUUUCAUGCAGCACAACCGCUUCAGACGUUUCCAGCCUACCUACCCAUACCUGCAACACGAGAUUGACCUGCCGCCCACCAUCUCUCUGUCAGACGGAGAGGAGCCACCACCGUACCAGGGCCCCUGCACACUGCAGUUGAGAGACCCCGAGCAGCAGCUGGAGCUCAACAGAGAGUCAGUGCGGGCGCCGCCAAACCGGACCAUCUUUGACAGCGACCUCAUCGACAUGCACAGCUCAGCCGGCGGCGGCGGACCGAGGCCUCCUAGUAGCAACUCUGGGAUCAGCGCGGCCAGCUCUAGUACACACGGACGCAUGGAGGGCCCUCCGCCUGCUUACAGUCAAGUGAUCGGGCAGCACUCGGGCAUUGUACUUUACCUCCAGCAGCACAGCAAUAACCCGCCCGUCACUGUGCAGACUCCGCUCACAGGCCGGACAGAUCCCAACAGCACAGAAAGCACAAUAGUGCUGAGCAAAGACCCACUGAGGGAGGAGCUAGUGUGAGAGGGCGGGGCUAGCACAUGAUUGGCUGAUCUCCAUCACUCUAUAUAAAGGGAACGGGUUUGAAAUUCCCGUGCACAGCAGCGCUUAAUGCGUUUUCGCGACAACCAUGUUGUUGUUUUUUUUUUUAAAUAACAAAUAUGGAGCUGAGCUUACUAGAGAAAACAUUUCAUUUGUUUUCUGUCCGACCAGCUGGGCUUAAACUGGAGUUUACGCACUGCCUGGAGUCUCCCACCUUUUUUAUUUUAUUUUAUUUUUUGCUGUGUAUUAUGUAUUGCUAACGAAUUUAGAGAAGGUAAUCCGUGCACAAGACAGGCGUUUUGUUGUUGUCGUUGUUGUUUUAUUCCCCUUAAAUGCCCCGUUUUCGAUCAAUCCACACGUGACGCACUAGCUGUGUGGAUAGAAAAUGUCCUUUUUUAUUUUUAUUAUUAUUAUUAUUAUUAUUUAAAGACCGAGAUCUGUGCAGCAUGAACAAAAACUAAAAUGCGAAAAAGGGUGAAAAUCCAAAUCUUAGUGCCAAGGCUUAUGCGGAAGGUGUCACGGGGGCGACGACUGUCUUAAAGACUUGUUAUACAUCGAAAUCAAAAAAACCCUUUUCUGAACUUUUGCACUAUUGUUGAGGUUAAUCAUAGAAAUUUGGGGGUGAUGUAUACGUGUUUACUGUUUGUACUGUCGUUUUCACCUAGAUGCGAUCAUAUGCUUGAGUGCGAGCUUUUCUAGCGGAGAGAAGUGAUCUUGUCUGUCUUCAGCACAAGAAAAAUCUCGGAUCCAGCCUAAAAUAACCUCGGUCUAAAAGAGGCACAGAAUACAGAGAGUCUGCUCUGCUCUCAUCUAUCCUCACCACUGACACAUUCAGCCGCUUUCACAUACUCCAGCUGAUCUCAGGUCAGUCGGCUGGAGGCGCGCUUGACAUUUUGACUAAAAAAAAACUCACUUAGAGAGAGAUCCAAACAAGUUUGACAUGUUAUGAGAUUCUUGCUCAUUUUUUAACAGUUUCUCCAAGCUUUUUCUUUUCAGCGCUUUUUAAAUCAUAUUUAUUAUACAUUUAUAUAUAAGUAGACUUUAAAUAAAAUAUACUUUUAUAUAUAUAUAAUUUUGCCUUUAAUGGAUUAAUACAUUUUUAAAAAUAGCAUCUUGUAUGGGUCAAAGAUGAGGUUUCCGGCAUCAAAUUACAUAAACAACAAAGAGAGAACUAAAAAUCCGUAAAAAUUAAAAGGGUCCAUUAAAAACAAAUGUCUACUCAAAUGUUUCUUUCUUACUCCAAAAUAACUUUUAUGAAAAUAAUGUCAAAAUGUGGGUAAAGGAUAGUCAUUUAAAGUGAUACAUAUAUUUAAAAGAAAUUAAACAACAUAUUUAAUGUGCUUAUUAAAAUAUCUAAAAAGAUAUGAGAUCAUAUAAAAUGCAAUUAAUUUUAAUUAUUAAAAGCAUUUUGCUAAAAAAAUGGGUGAAAUUUUGGGGGUUUUAAAUGAUUCUUAAUCUGAAUGUGACACGUUUUUUUUUAUAAAAUUGUAUGACAUCUUAGUCUUCUCAAAACAUGGUAAAAAUAACAGAUAGUAACUUUUUUACUCCAAACAAACAAAAAUAAAAUAGGACGUAUGUGUGAGGGGAUAAAAAAAAAUAAAAUAAAACAAUUUCGUUAAUAUUGUUUUGAAGCUUGGAAAACCCCUUUUCGUCUUUGACCCAUAUACAUCAAUGUUGUUGUUUUUUAUAGACUCUAGUGAGAAGAUACUCUUAAAAUAAAUAUAUUUUCUCUUUACACUACCUGACAAAAGUCUGUAAAAAAGUUGUAAAUCCCAGUUUAUCCCAGCAGCAAAUAAUAACUUCUAGUUGAUCAUUUUUCCAACUAAUCAUCUGAUGAACUGCAUCCCAAUCAUCACAAAUACUGCAGAAGACCUAUUUGAAUCCGCAUAGACCCAAGAUUCUUAAAGAAAUCAAUCAAGUUUGGUGAAGAAAAAAUCAUGGUUUGGGUUACUUUCAGUAUGUGGCGACAUCAACAGCCUUGUAAUUCUUCCAAAUUAAAAAAAUUAAAAAUCGUAGCAUGAUCAUGUUUUUUUGUAAAAUAAGCGUAAUCUAGAGGCCUUUGUUUUUCAUAUAAGCCACUUCUAAUACUAAAUAAUCAACUAGAAGUUGUUAUUUGUUGUUCCUAAAACUUGGAUAGGCACUUGGGCUGUCACAUAGUGUAGAGUCAAGAAAAUAGCAUAUAUAUGGUUAUUUGGUUUAGCUGUGAUUCAUUUUCCUAAUUGGACAAAAUGUCUUUUAUUCCAAGGUCAGCAUUUCAUCCCUUUUGCACUUUUUUUUUAAUCAAAACUGAACAAACAUAUACACGAUUUUGAUUCUGUUUUAUAGUGGAUUUAUUUACAUUUACAUGUUUACCAGCGCUCAUUGUCCACCUCUUCCAGCCAAUACCCAGAUGAGCGACACAUUCAUUGGUGUAAUCUCCUAAUCAAAAUGCCAAUGUGGUCGUCCCUGUUUUUGCAUGUCACAUUUUUGAGUCCCGAACAAGAAUCAAUCAGGUUUCCAAAGUGGUGAAGUCAAGGGCUAAUGUGAUGGGCAUUUUUAAAAAGAGUCGUUUUUACCCAGCUGUACUGUUGCCUUCGCUGUAACUCCGUAACCAGCUCAUGCCCAAACCGCACCAGUCCUUCUUCUAAUUCACAGUCAAGAUCUGUCCUCCUUAGAGCGGCUCUCUGCAUUCACUUUCAACACAAUCAUUUAGGCCCAGAUAGUGGAUGUAGCUCUGACCGAGAGCUCCGAUCUGGUCUAGAGGUGAAGAGAAAAGCCCAAAGACUCUUCCACGCAUCCCUUUAAUCAGGAGACUGAAGACUGAGCCCCUGUUUUCUUAGUCUAGAACAGAUGCACUUGUGAAAAGGCCAUGGGGGGGUUUAUUUGACUUUUAUUUCCAUUCGCUGGGGGUUAUGGUGAAAAAAAAAAGUUUUCAAAAGCAACACACUCACCUUUAUAAGCUACUCUGUUUAUACUCCGAAUGUUUGAGUCGGCCAAUCAAAAUGUGUUUGAAUGCUUUUUUAAUGUUUGUGUUGGUUGGCUUUAUUCUUCUGCUCAUGGUGGGAUUUUUUUAGUUGUUUGUUUUUCUGUGUGGACAGAA